CUCAUUUACUCAGUAGAUCCACAGAGCGCAGCACACCACAUACUCACAAACAGUUUAAAACUGAACCAUAUCCUUUGUCCAGGGACAAAAUGGUGAGGAGUGAGAAACAACAAAGAGACGUAAAGACUGAAGGCUUAUUUCUGGAGUCCGAAACAUCUUUGGAUCAGCAAGAUUUUGAGAUGUCUAUUUGCCCUUUCAAUGACGUCUUCAACUCCUCAGACUCUUCCAUGAUAAACACUUUUCUGAAAAACGUCCAAGUUUUAUUGGAAGCGGCCAGUUACAUUGAGAGCGCCGAAAGGAAAGAUGGAAAAUGUGAACACGGAUAUGCCUCGACCUUUCCGUCUAAUCAGCACUCCAGCUACCAGAGACAAAGAAAAUUCCGAAAUAAAAAGUUCAACAGCAGCAACCACAACAACCACAACAGGUCUACACACAAUGAGCUGGAGAAAAAUCGGCGAGCCCACCUCCGUCUGUGUUUGGAGCGUUUGAAGACUCUCAUCCCGCUGGGAACAGAGAGCAGUCGUCACACCACACUUGGACUGCUCAACAAGGCCAAAUCACACAUAAAGAAACUGGAGGAAGUGGAGCGUAAGUCUCAGUAUCAGUUGGAUAACUUGGAACGAGAGCAACGUCACCUCCGGAGGCGUCUGGACCUGCUGCGGGGUGGCGGGGGCGUGCUCGAGGGAGAGAGGUUGCGCACUGACAGUGUAGGCUCCACUGUCUGCUCUGAGCGAUCCGACCGGUUCGACUCAGACCAAGAAGAGAUGGAGGUGGACGUGGAGGGCACAGAGUUCUCUCAAGGAGAGCUGGAUAGCGUCAGCACAGCCAGCACCAGCGAUCUGGAUGACCACAGCAGUCUACAGAGCACUGCCAGCGAUGAGGGCUACUCCUCCUGCAGCAUCAAACUGGCCUUCAGCUCCUAAAACCAGCUCCACUUCACAUGUGCACACACACACACACACAGCACUAUCCCAGCCCUCAAAAUGAGUCCUGCCUCCUCGCCACCUAUCCAUCAUUGACCAAUCAGAGACACUUAUUUAAAUCUGGUGACCAGAACACAGCCCGCCUGCCCUGAGGAAAUCGCCUCAUUUGUUGUUUUAUGUUUGUGAAUGUAUCCGAUAGUAAAUGAAUGAGAUAGAAACAAUCUGUGAUUGUGAUUAAAAUAUGUUUUAAGAUGGUUUUAUCCCAGAUGAAAGAUUCUAUAAAGAAUUUGAGUGAUAAUUGUCAGUAUAGAAACCCCUUUUUUCCAAAUGUAAAGCUGAAUUGUAUAUAUAAAAAAGUUAUUUGUUGAUUCUUUACAUUGUGAACGGGUUGUGAGCUGGUCACUAGUGAAACAUUUGUCAAAACCUACGAUCCAUAUCAACACAAGUAGCCCUCUUAACUGGUUUUCUUUUCGUCUGGUAUAAUGUUUUUGUUUUUACAUCACUGCUCAACUGCGACAAAGACUGUAAAUGGUGCUACGUGACACAAAACCAACAAAGCAGACAACUCUGCUUUGUUUCGUCAAAGACAAAAGAAAAACAACAAUCCCAUGGCUGUGGGAAUAUUGGUGCAUUUAGAAUGUGGAACUAAGUUCCAUGCAGCAGCUAAAACCAAGCGAUCUUGCACUUGACUGCGUAGAACCGAUGCCACGGCAGAGAAUACCCACCCCCAUGUUUAAAUAGAUGUUUAUUUUGGCUGUAAUAAGCAAUAACUCCUGUAGUCAAAAUCAACACAUAAGCACUCCAAACUCUUGAGACACAAUCCUUGUGUCCAUCCAAAAGAGCAAUGCCAACUUGCUCACUUUUGUACAUAAAUACAAUAGUUUAAUAAAUUUAAAGUUAAAGUGAAAAACUGAGUUGAAAAGAAAUGGUUGUUUCCCAUGGGUAGAACUAUUGCCUCUGUUGUUGUAUGUCUUGUGUUUUGUGCAUUUUAAAUGAUAUUUUUUGCAAAGAUUGACGAUCUUCCUCUGAAAGUCUUUCAUGGUGGCAUGGACAAUAUACUAGAUGAAACGUCUAUUAGUUUCAAUUCUGUGGCUGCCUGAGGAAUUUUAUGAAUUUCUUGAAAAAAUACAAAUAAAGAACAAGAAAACCAACACGCUGAAGUACUUAAAAUCGAACACACAAGAACAAACAAUGGAACAAGUGAACGCCAAAGCAUGGACCUAUUAAAGGCAUGCAAACUUUAAAGUGGCACUCUUUAUUUAUACUAUUUUGUUAAUAAUUCGAUUUGUUUUAAAGCUGAAAAGCAUUCCACUACUAGUAGGGUUAUUCUCAUAAAACCGGUCAAGAAAAUGUCCUGGUCAUAUUUAACCCUAAAUAGUUCAAAACUAAAAAAAUAUUCAAAUGAAGCUGACAUUUAGGACCAUUAUGAUUUAAUGCAUUGUGACAUUAUUUUCAAGACUCUUACAAUCUCAUUACCAUAAUGCAUUCAGAUGUUUUCUUUUACUAUUCACAUAAAAAUUUUCAAUGAUGAUUCUCAUUACCGUAACGCUUUCAUUUUUACUGUAUAGAAAAGAUGGUGUUGUACCAUGCUUUUUCAAAUUAAAAUCUGCACAGGAGUACUACAAUGAUGUAUAAACAAUGAAUAUAUAUCACUUUUCCAUGUUUUGGUAAUGAGAAUAUCAUAAUGACCAUCUUUUUUUACAUUGUGGUAAUGAGAAUGGCGAGGUAAAAUGUACGCAACUUAUAAAAGUAGCGCCACAAUGCAACAAAUCUUAAUGGCCUUAAAAAAUUGCCUUUUUUAAUUUGUAAAAUUGAUUUUUGUUAAUUUUAUUAAAAUAGGACUAGGACAUUUUCCUGACAGGUUUCGUGAGAAUCGCGUGACGUGGAAUGAGAGGCUCAUGUGUGGCAAAAUCGGCGCGAAUUUGCGUCAUGUUCAUCGAACUCCUUCCCGCGGUACUGUAUGUUAACUCUUA